ACACACUCAUUUACUCCCAAUUACUCUAUUAUUAUUCACCUGAUAUGCCUGUAGAGGGAAGUGUGUGCGCGCGUGUGUGUGUGUGUGUGUGUGUGUGUGUGGCAGAGAUUGGGUGAGAGGGGCGACACAGAGUUGAAAGAGUGACGUUUUCAAUGGUGUCAUUGUGAUCGUGGAGCGUUUGAGGGGCUCACUCUUGCAUAAUCACGGGAACGUGUGAGCUGAUGGAAGCUGAUUGAUUACAUAACCCACGAUCAGCGGUGCAGAGGAUGAAGCCAAUUUGAUUCGUGCCGCACGGAUAAAAAUAAAAACUCUUACAAUCUUGUAAUGUGAUACACACACGACAUUGUUUUGCAGAAUGGACGGAUAUAUUUUGUACCUCUUGUGCGUGUUGUUGAUAACGUGUGUACUUUCUGAACGCAGGACUUUUGCUCGUACAUCUUCCGCCGCCGGCUAACGCCCCCCGACAUCAGUGCUCCGACUCCACCGGGGCCUUUGGAUCAGAUCUCAGCAGUCAGGUUCCGAAAUCUGGAGGAGAUCAGAGGCCUAAUCACAGCGGAGGCUGGAAUGAGCAAAUUCCGCGAUCGUAUACAGUGAAAGUGUAAUUCGAGGCUGUCCACAUACUUGUGGCCACAACAAUUUUCUCAAGUGUUGUAUACUAGGUAGCGAUGAUGUGAAGAUGUAUUGAAGAGAAAUCCGCCGACACCGUCUUGACUGUCUAUAAAGGUUUAUUACAAAAAGACCAGCAUCAAUACAAGCACUGCAGAGCUUGGAGAGCAUCCAGCCAAAGGAGAACUCUGUUCAUACCGCGUAAAACGUAGACUUAUAUAGGAACGUUGUGUACUUCAGGAGGAACCUCUGGUUUCACAUUUGUUUGUACAGUGCAAGAAGUAGCCCAAAUAGUGCUUGCAAGGAAAGCUCAGGGGGUCGUGAGGAGGCCCCGAACAUAACAUUACAGAGCAAGAAACACGUGGACCACACGUGCAAACUCACAUUACAUACAUUGACAAAGAGACACUACACAAGGAAUACCGAAAGGCUGAAAAGCAAAGUCCGGAGCAGGGCAACCACAGAAAGGCCAAACUUUGGCCCUUUUCCUACCAAACUCUCACGGCCGUCUCCAGUUUCCAGUGAGAAGUUCACUCUUUGUCCACUUACAGCUUCUUUGGUCAGAAUCAACAGUAGAGCCUUUAAAAAAGAAAAGGAUAAAAAAACCCUCAUCAAGAUAAACAUCCUGAUUUUCUUUAACCUUAAUUGACUCAUUCAAGGCUCUCCCGUCUCCUCCGGCUCACAAAUGGGACCCUGUGGCGGACGGUUUGUUGGGUUAAUGCUGCAUGUCUUUCGUCCUAAUUCCUCUCUGCUUUUCUUCUCUCCCUCCGCCGCCUUAUCUCCCUCUUUUCUGCGGCCCGUCCUCUCCCCGCUGGCCUACAUGAUUUGUCGGACAUGACGUCUGCCACACCUCCUUCCACUCGUAGCCCCUCCCCUCAAAAGGUCUGCCACUCCCAGACGCAGACGGAUGUUUUGAAACCCCUGCUGGGUGGCGUUUCUGGUGGGGGCGGGACUCUGAGGAAGAGGAGGCGUGUCCUGUCGAAGGAUGGACGCAGCAACGUGCGCAUCGAGCACGUCAGCGGGCGCAGUGCGCUGUACAUGCGUGACCUCUGGACAACAUUUCUGGACAUGCAGUGGCGCUACAAGUUCUUCCUGUUCACGGCGACGUUCGCAGGGACCUGGUUCCUGUUCGGGGUGCUGUGGUACCUGGUGGCACUGGUGCAUGGAGACCUGCUGGAGUUCGACCCUCCGUCGAACCACACACCCUGUGUGAUGCAGAUGCAGACCCUGACGGGGGCCUUCCUCUUCUCCCUGGAGUCCCAGACGACCAUCGGCUACGGUUUCCGCUGCAUCACCGAAGAAUGCCCAGCUGCCGUCAUCCUCCUCAUUGUCCAGCUGGUCCUCACCAUGCUGAUGGAGAUCUUCAUCACUGGUACCUUCCUGGCCAAGGUUGCUCGACCAAAAAAGCGAGGCGAGACGGUCAAGUUCAGCCAACAUGCUGUGGUGUCGACCAAUGAAGGUCGACCCUGCCUGAUGUUCAGAGUCGCCAACAUGCGCAAGAGUCUCCUGAUUGGUUGUCAGGUGAGUGGAAAAUUGCUCCAGACGUCUCUGACCAAGGAAGGCGAGACGGUUCGUCUGGACCAGAGGAACGUCCCUUUCCAAGUGGACACUUCCAGUGACAGCCCCUUCCUCAUCCUGCCCCUCACCUUCUACCAUGUCAUUGAUGACAACAGCCCCCUGCGAGCCUGGGCCGCCAAGGGUGGGGGCUGGACGGAUCCAGAACUGGCUGACUUUGAGCUCCUGGUGAUCAUGAGCGCUACAGUGGAGCCGACAUCUGCCACCUGCCAGGUUCGCACCUCCUACCUGCCCGACGAGAUCCUCUGGGGCUACGAGUUUCCCCCCGUGGUCUCCCUUUCCCCAUCAGGUAAAUACGUAGCGGACUUUGCCUUCUUUGACAAAGUGGCCAAGACCAAGAUGACGCCCAUCUUCAAACCAUCCAGCCCCCAGCACGGGUACCAGAGCAACGGGGGCGGCUCUGUGUCCGAACUGUCCGACCCAGAGAAGAUCCGUCUGGAGCAGAGCUACAGAGAGCGAGGGGAGGACCGUGGCCGAGUCAGAGACACUCCUCUCAGUGUUCGCAUCAGCAACGUGUGAACGGAUGGUUGACUGGAUGACCAGGGAGCGAUUCAUAGAGAGCGACUCGCAGGAGACUGCCAAGUUCAGUGUCAACAGCAAAUCACUGAAACAUCAUAUCAAAACAACUUUGGACACUGACUUUUUAGACCUUUUUUGAACUUAUACCAUAAGAUAUUUGGUUCUCAGUGGCACCAAAUGAUGCAGAAAGCUAAUAUGGAAGACUGUUGAAUACUGUAUGGUCAACUUCAAGUGUGUGAUUGUCUUACAUUUGCUGGAAUGACACAUAUUUUCCCCAGGUUUGAUUGUAUUCAUAUGAUGGCGUAACACACUGCCUAACUGCCACUACUACAUACACUGUAUACACUGUUUAUAAUGAAGAAAUAACACAUGGGAUUAUUUAUUAAAACACAUUUUUAUUCGAAUUAAAUUUAAAACAAAAAGCAGUUGAGAGGAUGGAAAGGCUUGGUGGGCUUGUUUGGGUCUUGCCCAGAGAACUUAAGAAAAAGAAAUCUCCACGUGCGAACAGAUCUUUGCACGAGGCCCAUCGACUUUGCAGUAUGGUUAGAGGAGUAUGGAGAGGUUGUGGUAAAGUCGAUAGAGUGAUCAGGAAACACCCACGGACACCUAACCGAAUCUUCUGCUAUACCCCCUCUAACACAAAUGUUAAUGUAUGAUUGGUAUACACACAAUACACACACACACAAUAUAUGUGUAAUGGUCAUUCAUACGGGUCAUAUAGGCUUGAGUUUCAGCAUAGUCCUCCUCUCAUUACCAUAGAAACCAGUGAGUAAUGAGAAGUAUCUACAUCUCACCCACAACCUCCUCUUCACACUCUCAUGAUAUAUUUCUGUCAUGAUAAGUUUCCUGCUGCGAGGCAAAUACUGAAUGCCAACACGUCCAGGUGUCUGCACAAAAUGUUCCGACACACUGUGGUGGUGGCGGAGGUGCUGAUCUGUUCCUCUUCUGGUUAUGCGGGUUCGAGUAAUGGACACACAGACACACACACACACACAUAUCAUGUAUGUGUAUUGUACAUGGCGAUACAUGUGCACUAAAAGCACUGGAGAUUACGUUACGCUCAUGUAGCACUACAACUAAACUGUAGACAAACAGAUUGAAUAUGCUGCGUUCGAGGUGCUCUGUAUAUUGUAUGUCUUAUUUUUUUUCCUUUGUGUGAUUACUGCUGUUUCAAAACUGAAAGCUAGCACUUUAUUUACAUUAUGUACAGUUGCACCUUAGGGAGGUUUGGAACCUAAUUGUAGAAAGAUUUUUUAAAAAUACUACUAGAAGCACUGACACAUAUAUCAUCCAAUUCCAAGCUAAUCAGAAUAGCAGUUUCUCUGUCUCAGUGGCUUUCAGGAAACUGACAAAUGUCUUUAGAUAAUCACAAACGGCUACUGUACAUGCAAUGGAUGUAAUUUCCUAUUGCGUAGUUUUACUGUCUCUGGUGAACAGGCUCUAAUUUCUGUGGUAAAACAAUUGACCACAGGCAUUUUGUCAAACCCCCCCCCCCCCCUUUUUUUUUUCUUUCGUUUUCUUUCUCUCCAGACGACAAGGACAGGAAGUGGUGAGUGCCGGCGAAUGUGAAAGUAAAAUUGUAAGUCACUGUGUUAAUUCUGAUGGAAAUACAUCAGUGACAGAUGAAGCAAAGCUGUGUGUGAGGGCCGUGAAUGUGUUGGGAAUUGCAUGUAUUUGUAACAUUUCUUUAAUUAAAAUCAAGCCGUUAGUGCAGCCGGAGAGACCCAAUGACACGGUUCUCUCUGAAAAAGUGAUUAAAUAAAGCUGAUGACGAGUUAUUAAAGGCCAAA